AUGGGGUCGGGAAAAAGGAAGUACCUCAUAGUAGCAGUGGACUACUUCACCAAGUGGGUAGAGGCGGAACCCGCUGGCAACCAUAACAAGUGCCCGUUGCAAGCACUUUGUGUACAAAAAUAUUUUGUGCCGUUUUGGGGUCCCGAUGCAACUCAUCACCGACAACGGACGCCAAUUCGAGGGGCAAGAGUUCGAGGGGUUCUGUGCCGAAUGGCACAUUACUCACAGCCGGGUAGCUGUGUGCUACCCUCAAGCAAAUGGCCAGGUGGAAAAUGCCAACCGCACCAUCGUGGGCGGCCUGAAAAAGAAACUGGAAUCCGCAGGGGGAGCGUGGGUGGAGGAGCUCGACGCCAUUCUUUGGGCCUACCGCACCACCCCCGGAGGGCUACUGGGGAGACACCUUUUUCCUUAGCCUACGGUUUCGAAGCCCGAGCUCCAGCGGAGGUAGUCAUACCUUCCCGGCGGGAGGAGGACUACGACCCUGACACGAACGAGGAGCACCAUAGAAUUGACCUCCACAUGAUUGAUGACAGGCGCGAAGCAGCCGCGAUUCGAGCUGAAAACUACCAGAGCAGACCAAGGCGUAUCACGAUAAGCGGGUCCGACCCCGCUAUUUCCAAGUAG